UUAAAACACGAAUUAAUGGCGGCAAAGUGUAUUUGCUCAGUUCAAAUAGUUCGAAGAAAAAUCAACUAUGCCGGGCAAACUAUUUCUCAUAACUCAAAACUCAACAUUUAUUAUUGUCAACACUGCAACAGUCCAUACGUACGAGUUCAUUAUUAUAUUUUCCUAAACAUGGAAAUCCUGCGAAAGAUUCAAGCUUCGAAAUCUUAUUUUUCACACAAUUUUUUGAAAAGAUCUAAUACAACGAUAAUGAAGAAUCUGAUGUCAACAUCACCCUAUUUAGGAAUUAAAGCAUCAGAACUCACAAAGGAAAACAUACCACCAAAUACAGGCUGCCCUGUUUGCAGCCGAGGUAUAACAUUUAAAAUGACCGAUGUUUUAUUUUUAUCACAAUUCAUGACUCCAGAAGGGCAUAUGAUUAAUCGAAGGAAAUCAGGUGUCUGCAAGAAACAACAAAGAAAAAUAUUCAAAUUUAUUCACAUAGCCAGAAGAAUUGGGCUGCUUCCAAGGAUUGUUCCUAAAGAUGGUGGACCACCACCAAUCUAUGGCCAAAAAUCAAAAUCACUUUACCAAAGAACAUAUAAAUCUAAAUUUUAGUUUUUCUACCAGCACAACGUGCGUAUAAUCUUUGUAUAUAUAUUUCAUACAACAACAUAUGAAAACAAAAAAAGGAUGAUUGCAUUUUAUUUUAAAUCUAUAAAAUACUAUGGCCAACUUUGGA